AUGCUCACGCCAGGUGGGCGAUCCGCAUGCAACGGACACACACAAUGUAUGUGUUUUGUUCAUGUCAGACAUCCAGUGGCAGAAUGCGCAGAUCAAGCGCCUACAAGAGACCACCGGGGAGCAUUUCAACAAGCAGAAACGCCUCAAAGCAGAGUUGGACGCCGUCAUGCGACGCAUCCGGGACUGCCCAGCGGGCUACAACAUCAGCAAGGAGUUCCUCUACCGCAGUGGCAUCAUGGGGACUGGCUCAGGGCCAUCCUCCGGUGGGCGUCGGGAGGGAGGAAGGGGGAAGGGCAUGAGUGCAUUCAUGCCAUGUUUGUGUGUGGGUGUUUGCAGCACCCACGACCGGCGAGACCACGCCGACCAACUACACCACAAGCGCAUCGCCAAGUGCACCCACCACACACGGUGAGAGAGACGAAUACGCACACUCGCUCGUUCAUGUGAUGCAUACACAUCUUUGUGGGCUGGUGUGUGGGUGAGCAGGCCCGCACACGGUGCCCCCAGCGUUGAGUGGACCGCCCACGUCGUCCGUCCCGCCGGCGGGCCCCUACAUGGCACCGCCCGCCACACAGAUGCCGCCGCACAUGACGACAGACAAUGGUGAGAAUAUCACACACACACUCAUCACACCACACAUGUCCUGACUUGGCCAUGUGCUUGUUGCAGGUGCGUUGAUGGGUGGCAUGGGGACGCCGAUGGUGCCGGGCACCGGUGCCGUCCCUCCGCACAACUUUAACCACAACCUCAACCUCAACGGCCCCACAGCUCACGCCAGCUUCGGCCCCCACAGCCACGCACACCACCCCAACUUCGCCACCCACAGCCACACGCCCCAGCAUCCCAUACCCAGCAGCGCACCCACACCUGGCCGCCCCCAUCCUGGCCUGCAGCUGUGUCUGACCCGAUCAACCUACGACUCGACGAUGCCCGCCAUUGGCAUCGGCGUCGGGAGCACAGGCGUGAGUUUGGAGGUGGCGCCCGACUUGAGGAACGAGCUGAUGAAGAACCCGGCCCACUUCGCGAGCCGCAACGAGGUGCCUGCCACGCUGCACCACACCACCAGCGACGGGAGUGUGGUGGUGCAGAGGAUGCCUGAGCGAGAGGGCAUGGACGGCUCCCACGCUGCCCUCCAGCACUGGCGCAUCACCAGUGCGAUCAUCGACGGCGUCCUCGGCCUCCAGGGCGUCGAGAACAACCUCAAGUUGGAGAUGGCACUGGCCCUGAUUGCUGCGGAGGUCAAGGCCCAGCAGUCGGCCUCCGAGAGCGGGGUGGGGUUCCCCAAGGCACCUCCCAAGCGCACACGCCCGGAGACGCCACGCAACGGAGGCGAUCGCAGCGGUACGACAGACACGUCGGCCCAUCAAUCAUCGCCCAUAAGUGCACACAUGUGUGUGUGUGUCAUUCAGGCCAGUUCGGGCCGACGGGUGGCGGGCGAGGCGGGCGCGGCGGGGGAGGCUAUGGGGGCCCAGCUGGCCCUCCGAUGAUGAGCAGCUACCAGCCCUCCGGCUACCCACCCUCCAGCAUGCCGUGGGGCUAGACACCCCACACUGACCGGUAGCUCUGAGUAGAUAGAGGGGUGAGGGAGAGACUCACCCACUGAUUGCAUGCCGAUGGAGCUGAGGCUCCUUAUAGGCAUGCACACUGACUGGCAGAUAGACACCAGGAAGGUGACGUAGGUAGGUGUGUCACUUGCAACGGUCAGAGAGAGAGAGACCCACUGCUGCGUGUGACAAGCACGUAUUGAUGUGAGUAGGGGAGGGGGAGAGAGGGGUCGUUUGUGACCUCUGCCUGCACACCACAGGCGGUGUGUUACUGACUCACUAAUGCAACCUGAUUGUCGGCUGACCCGACAUUGCGUUGUAUGCGAGCCGCAUGCACCGGUGUCCAUGUGGCGUGAUUGGUCCAUGCAUUUGGAGUGCAUGGGCAUGUGUAGAUCCCCCACACGUCUGCGUGUGUGGAUGCACGUGUUCAUGCGUGCAUUUGUGAGUAGAGGGGCAGGAGAGGGAAAGGGUCGGGCUGUGACGAGAUGAGAGACUUGAGAGCGAGGAAACAGCAGACACCUGAUUGUGCCGUGCUUGAGACAUUGAAUGCAAUGACUCGAUUCAACCGAUUGAAACCAUCACAAUCGAUCAGUCCCACACAGAUAUACACAAACGUUGGCACACAUCACACGUCAUGAUGCGCCUGGCUGCAAGCUGUGUGUCUCUGUAGGCUGUUGUCUCAUGACACCCACUUUAGUACAUUUCUCUUUCCUUGUUCGUGGAAGAAUGACAGUACAUGCAUUAGUGGCUACCUGCAUGAAUUGCAGUGUUUCCGGCGAUAGAUGGAGAGCUGAGACAUAGACGUGG